GUGUUUUGUUUAAAUUCGCGCCCAAAGCAUUACAUUGGGUUUUUUACUCCCCGACGAAUCAUGCCGCAUAGCCCGCUGUGGGUAGUACUGGCUGUUCUAUGUUUGUUUACCCUCCCUCCAGAUAUUUCGGCCGUAAGACCUCCUGAUCAUUUCCAAACUAAAUCCGUUUCCGGCCAUGGUAUAAUCUAUUUCAACACCGGCUCUUACGUGGGUAAUUUUGGGCUCCUCGCUCCUAAUGAUGAUCAGGCUGCAACAGCCGUCAUCUACGUUAACAUUUGGAGCUUUUAUUCGAGCAAUUACACAUUACGGGGAAAUGUUUCUGCUUCGGGUGAUGUCCGGCAUUUUUCGAGAGCAAAUGGCAACCUAUAUGAAACUGUCACCAAUGUAACUCAAAACACCGAGUACACUGUGGUUGCUGAAGUUUUGGACGACAACAACGUUUCAAUUGUAAACUUUACCGCCAACGUGAAAACAGUAACCGCAAGGUAUUUCUCGGUCAAUGAUCUUACAUCAACCCCAAAAGAGAUAACAACACCCGGAUGGCCAAACAAUUAUCCAGAUAAUGUUUUCUACUUUUGGAACCUGACGGCGGAUCCUGGUUUUAAAAUUGAGCUAACAUUAUAUGAAGGAGAGAGUGAGAUAUAUGACCAGUUGUAUGCCUAUGAACCUCAUACACGGUUCUAUUUCAUGCCGCUGUUUUGGAUAAUUGGAAAUGUGACAGAACCUAAAAUAGCGACCUCAAACAGUUCAAAUGUCUUAAUCUACUUUGCCUCUGACGCUUCAGUGAAUAAGAAAGGAUUCAGGAUCACCUACAUACAAACAGGAGGGCCAGAUCCUGAACCUACAACGGCUGCGCCAUUUGUUAAACCUACACCACAAGUAACUGGAAGUGGCGGUAACGAACUCAUCCACAUUGAUCUUCAUUCAUCUUACUUCAACUACACGAUCACAUUCAAUGCAAUUAAUACUGAGGUCAUGAAUGCUGAUUCUUACAUCAUAGAAGGGCUUGUGAAUGAUCAAUCGUAUGAAAUCGAGGUCAUUGUUAAGGAUGGUGGGGUGAUAGUGGAAACAUUUACUUUAGAAGUUAAAACAUCGUCUUUCUGCACCACCAGCUGCACCAACUCUGUAUGUGCCUUGGAGAAUGGCGUUCUCCCUGUUUGUAAAUGUAAACCAGGAUACACCGAGAACAUGAACGAUUCAACAGCAUGUGUUGACAUCCAUGAAUGUGGUAUGCCAGGGAUUGACUGCCCUGUGAAUUCUGUUUGCUCGAACACCGUUGGUUCCUUUGUUUGCCGAUGUGUGUCGGGAUACACACUGGUAGAUGGGAUCUGUGAAGUGAUCAACCUCUGUGAGACAAGCACACUAUGUAUGAAUGGAGGCAGCUGUUCCCCUCUCCCCAACGAUUAUAAAUGUGAUUGCCCGCAGUAUUACAGUGGAAAGUCAUGCCAAAGCUACACAUCCCCUUGCAUAUCAGGGCCAUGUAAGAACCUCGGGACCUGCAAUGAUUUGUCUGGAUCCUUUAACUGCAGCUGCACUGUGGCUUAUAAAGGUUCUAUAUGCGAGACAGACGCUGAUGAAUGCCAGGACGGCACCGACAAGUGCGUUGCUAACUCUAUGUGUUCGAACACUGUGGGCAGCCAUGCAUGUACAUGCAAUGAAGGAUAUACAGGUGAUGGGUUCGUAAAGUGCAACGAGAUCAGGUUGUUGGAUUACGGGCCAGACACUGAUGUUCUGUUGACACCGAUACGAGACGGAGUGUCUUCCCCAGCACUUGAGAUUCCAAUUCAACUUCCCUUUGGAAGAAGAUCGUUCGACGUUAUGUUCGUAACCUCCAACGGGCUCAUAACAUUGGGUCGCGAAUCCUGGUGGGUGAGAUAUCUAUGGAGGCCAUACCAGGAGGGGUUCGGGGUGUACAGGGUGCCUCUCAUCGCCCCAUUUUGGGAGGAUUUCCAUCCACACAGAAGGAAUGAAGGAAGGGUCUAUUAUCAAGUAAGAUGGUUGAAUAGUACUGUGGGGUAAGAUGGUUGUAUAUUA